AUGCCAAGCGUUGUCAGGUCAGCACGGCGACUCCUGGAGCUGCCCUGGAAGCCUGGCUUCCAAGCCGGCGUAGCAGCGGCCCAGGGUGGCCAGCGGCAGGACCUUCUGCAGGUGGUAGAGGGCCAGCCGGUGCCGGCCGUCGGGGAAGCGCAGCCGGCAGAGCGGCUCGCCGGGAGAAGAGGGCGGCGGGCAGGGUGGCCAGGCAGGCGGCGGCCCAGGGGAGCGCACCGAGGCAGCGCACUGAGCCGGGGCGCCGCAGGGCGAGGCCGAGAGCGGGAGCGGGCCACGCUGAGGGCGGUGAGGAAGAAGGCGCUGGCGCCCAUGUUGAGCACGGUGGCGGAGAGCACCAGGGUGCAGAGAGGGCCCCCGAAGGGCCCCCCGAAGUCCAGCGCCGAGUCGGCGGCCCGGAAGGGCAGGGGCAGCGCGAACUGCAGAGCUUGCCUGGUGAUGAAUGUCAGCAACGAAGGAGGGAUGCAGUCAGCAAAAUGA